AUGUCUAAGCGCGAUCGGGAUGGCAACAUGCGGACUCAUGAGCCCAAACAGAAGCCGGCUGCGCCCGAGUCUCAAUUCACCCCCAUGUUCAUGAAAUUCCGCGAUGAGCUAGACCAGCACCACGACCGCAGGGAGCGCAUUGUCAAGGCAUCGAGAGAUGUCACCGCGUUGAGCAAGAAGAUAGUCAACAAGCUGGGCGACCUUCCAAACUUCGCCAACAAGGAGAUUGAAACGCGCAUGGGCGAGAUUCAGAAACAUCUCACCGCCAUUGAGAACGACAUCCAAGGCGUCAACCGCUACCGCUACGCUCACUCUCUCCGCUGCCUAGAGGAGCUCGUCGAGGCCCUGUCCUUUUCCCACUACCUCCGAAACCAGACACUCAUCAGCGAGGAAGAGACAGCAGCGGCUGUUCCAGCUAAUGUAUCAAUUACCGAAAACGACUACAUGUUUGGUCUCUUUGACCUCUUUGGCGAGAUGAUGCGUUUCGCCACGGUGACUACUGCCCAGACCGGUCAGCUCGCCGGGAUCGAGGGCCGCAACAUUCUGAUGGAUAUCCAUGAGCUGAGCAGCUGCUUCGAGAUUCUUCCAGAGAUUCCGACAAGAGACUUUAGGGGCAAGAUGGAGGUUAUGCGACAGUCGGUGCGCAAGGUGGAGAAGCUGGGCUACGGCUUGGCGAUCCGAGGAACGGAACGGCCAAAAGGCUGGCUGCCUGACAUGAAGGAGGACUUUGAUCCUUCUUCACUGGAAUAG